CCAGUCAUAUGGCAUGGACAAUCACAGUGGUGGUGGUGGGGGUAGCAGCCUGCACCUGUAGGCUCUCGGGGGAGAGGAACGCCUGCUUAUCCUGAAAGUACGUUUGGAAGCAGAAACUAUGAUGCUUUUGGAGGACCAUCAACAGGCAGAGGCCGAGGCCGAGGACAUAUGGGUGAUUUUGGAAGCAUUCAUAGACCUGGAAUUGUUGUUGACUAUCAAAACAAACCCACCAGUGUGACAGUUGCUGCUGCAAGAGGAAUAAAGAGAAAAAUGAUGCAGCCAUUUAAUAAGCCCAGUGGAACCUUUAUCAAGAAACCUAAGCUAGCAAAACCUAUGGAGAAGAUGAGCCUCAGCAAAUCGCCUACAAAAACUGAUCCUAAAAGUGAAGAAGAAGAAAAGAGACGGAUUGAGGCUCGGCGAGAGAAACAAAGGCGCAGAAGAGAAAAAAACAGUGAGAAAUAUGGAGAUGGAUACAGAAUGGCAUUCACAUGCUCGUUUUGCAAAUUUCGAACCUUUGAAGAAAAAGAUAUCGAACUGCAUCUGGAAAGUUCUUCACACCAAGAAACAUUAGAUCAUAUUCAGAAACAAACUAAAUUUGACAAAGUUGUUAUGGAGUUUUUGCAUGAAUGCAUGGUGAAUAAAUUUAAGAAAACAUCUAUUCGUAAACAACAAACAAAUAAUCAAACAGAGGUUGUCAAAAUAAUUGAAAAAGAUGUUAUGGAAGGUGUUACCGCAGAUGACCACAUGAUGAAAGUAGAGACUGUUCACUGCAGUGCUUGCAGUGUGUACAUUCCUGCUUUACAUAGUUCAGUUCAGCAACACUUAAAAUCUCCUGAUCAUAUCAAAGGGAAACAGGCUUAUAAGGAACAAAUAAAAAGAGAGAGUGUCUUGACUGCCACAAGCAUUUUAAAUAAUCCAAUAGUGAAGGCACGAUAUGAACGAUUUGUUAAGGGUGAGAAUCCUUUUGAAAUUCAAGAUCAUUCUCAGGAUCAGCAAAUAGAAGGAGAUGAAGAGGAUGAAGAAAAGAUUGAUGAACCCAUUGAAGAAGAGGAGGAUGAAGARGAAGAAGAAGCAGAAGAAGUGGGGGAAGCAGAGGAAGUGGAAGAAGUAGAGGAUGUGGGAGAAGUUGGAGGAAUAGAGGGAAUUGCCCACGGAGCCAGUGGCAUGAGGUCUCUUGUUUCUAGUGCUUUGCUCGCUGUGUCAGGUGAUGUGAUGUCAUUGCUGACCCGAGUGGUAGGUCUUAAUGUUGUCCUUCAGUGUGCCAGAGCCAUGCUGGGCCCCAUGCAGGGAUGA